AUGUUUGUUUAUAGAGUGACACAUGGAAGUGUAGAGUACUUAUUGGAAUCAUUACGCUUGACAAUUUCAAACCGUCAAUUUACCAUUACGAUAUUAAUGGUCGUUAACAAUAUUACAUUCAUUGAAGAUCUUGACAUACAGAAGGAUGAUUUCACUGUGACGGUCCGAAUUCGCACUAAAUUACAAGCAAAUGUCCUACAAAAAUGGGUUCCUAAGUUCAGGAAGUUACUUCAGGAAGGGGCUUCAGUUUUGAUUAAGAAUCCUACAAUUGCUCGACAUGCAACGAAGUACAAGUUAAUUGAUAAUACAAACAAGUUAAGUUUGUAUUACAAGACUUCUGUGUCAGAUUGUCGAGAUUUUAAGGGUUUCAUUUUUGGUUUCUCAUUUGUGAAAUUUGCAAAUCUUAUAGCCAAAAGUAUCCCAGAACAUAUAGUAGUUGAUGUAAUUGGUGAAGUUAUUGCUUGUGAGACAAUGGUGACUCUUCUAGAUAACAAUACGGAAUCAGAAGAGAAGUUGUAUGACAGAAGGAUUGGGAAAGAAGUUAAUAGGAAGUGGCUUUUUGAAAGUUGGUCUGAUGCCGAUCAGGAAGGAAAAGGAUCAACUAUAAAAACAUUAAAGAGUCCUAACGUUGAAAAAUUAAUGGCUGGGAACAAUAUUACAUUCAUUGAAGAUCUUGGCAUACAGAAAGAUGAUUUCACUGUCAAGGGCACCAAAAUACAAGCAAAUGUCCUGCAAAAAAGGGUUCCUAAGUUCAGGAACUUACUUCAAGAAGGGGCUGCAGUUUUCAUUAAGAAUCCUACAAUUGCUCGAUAUGCAACGAAGUACAAGUUAAUUGAUAAUACAAACAAGUUAAAUUUGUAUUACAAGAUUUCUGUGUCGAAUUGCCGGGAUUUUAAGGGUUCCAUUUUUUGUUUCUCAUUUGUGAAAUUUGCAAACAUUAAAUCCAAAAGUAUCCCAGAACAUACAGCAGUUGAUGUAAUUGGGGAAAUUAUUGCUUGUGAGACAAUGGUGACUCUUCCAUAUAACAAUGGAAAAGCCAAAAGAAGAAUGCAGGGGAUUAAAAUACAAGUUACAUUGUGGGAUGCCUUCGCUGAGGAAUUGAAUGAUUAUGUUUGUACAAACAAGGACAAGGGGAUUGUUGUUCUUGUUAUUCAAUUCGCAAUGGUCAAAAUUUACAGAGAAAGACCAUUUCUUUCUAACUCAUUCAAUGGUACGAGGCUGUUCAUCAGUUCGGACAUUGAUGAAAUUAAAGAUUUUAAGAAAAAUUUGAUUCGGGAAAGUGGCGAAUCUAAAUCGUCACAACAGAUUUCAAUGCUCUCUGGAAUGUCUUAUUCAUAUCGUGAAGAUUUUCUAGACGAUAACAGUAGAGCAAACAUUGUUGAAAUCAAUGAGACUGUUGAGGCGAAAUCACUAAUUGUAUUAGGAACGGUGAAAGCAUUUAGGAAGGAUGUCCCUUGGUUUUACAUGGGUUGCAUGAGGUGUAACCGCAAGGUUCGACCCACGUACAUUAUUAKUGACAAGGAUGAUGGAUCUGGUAUGAAAGAAGAGAGGGAAARUUUUGAUUGUAYGAYURAUAGAUGCAGAGGUAAACARACAGAAGUGUUGCCAAAGUUCAGAAUUUCUUUGAAAGUUCAAGAUGAUACUGGAAUUGUAUCAUUGACAUUAUUUGAUCGAGAAGCUAAUAAAGUUUUGAAUCAAACGGCAACAGAGUUGUAUGAAAAAGUUAAAGAGGUAUGUGGUGAUUUAGACAUGUUUCUGGAUGAGUUGGAUGUUUUUCUUUAUCGGAGGUUUGCAAUAAAAAUUGACAUAAGUGAUUACAGUAUUAAGAACAGCUGUUUCAUUUAUGGCAUUUCAAAGCUAACAGAUGAUGAUGCCAUUUUGAGUGAAUUGGAGAUAAGCGCUUCUCAACAUGUGUUGAUUUCACCUGCUGAAUCAGAAUCAGUAAAUCUGCAUUCAACAGAUUUCAGUUCCCAAGAUAAGUUAAAGGAUGUUGUUUCAUAUACUAGUGAGAAUGCAACACCAUCCGAUGUUGAUAAGAGCAUUGCAGACAGUCCGGAAUCAAAAGAAAAGUUGUGUGAGAGAAGGCUUGGCAAAAGAGUUGAAAGGAAGCGACUUUUUGAAAGUUCGUCUGAUGCCGAUCAGGAAGGAAAAGGAUCGGCUAUAAAAACAUUAGAGAUCCCUAAGGUUGAGAAGUAA